GUGUGUUUUUUUAAUCUCCGCUCACUCGUGCGCUCAGAGCUGUCACCACCUCAUACCCUCUGCAGACUGAUGUUGUCGGGUUUAGAGUGGUCGGGCGUAAUGCAUGCUGCUUUUUUCAUUACGAUAAAACGCUGUGGGUACCAUCAGAUCCACUUAUUCGCCGAUGGGUCAACGGGGGGGCCGAAUGUAGUAAACGUUUAUUCUAGCUCUUAUAUUUAUAAAUAUAUGUUUAGUAUUUUUAAGCAGCUGCUCAUCACAGACGUUUACUGCCCUUGAUGUUGCUUUUAUAACGGAAAGUAUUAGUAUUCACUUCCCAUGCAUUAUUCGAUGGGCCCCUACCCGGAUGUGCCUGCAGUUUCUCCAGAGAGAGAGAGGGAGAGAGAGAGAGAGAGCUUUAUUUUCCGUGUUUACUCGUCUCCUUGCUGCUGUAAAACAUGUCCUGCGUGAGAUUUCGACACUCGGUGCCAUUUGGGCGAUGAAUGUGGAAAAAUCCGAAGAUGGAAUGAGCGGAGGAAGUCGAAUUCUUUCACGGUGUUACAGAGACAGUCAUUUGGACCCUGCGAGUCCACCUUGAAUGGCCAUUCGAACUGGGUUUGUAGUAGCCGGGUCUAUUGAGAACGGUAUCAGCCUCAUGUGUUGCACAUUGGUCCGGAUUGUGUUGCUGGCUGAAAGGGAUCUCCAUGGUUUGUACGCGCUGUGAUCAACAGAGCGGCUCUGACCCUGUCCAUGGUCCUGAAAGCAACAGUCGGAGCGGAGUAAAUCAAAGAAGUCUGAUCUAGAUGCUGAGCCAGAGGAGAGCCCAGGGAGCAGCAGCAGCAGCAGCAGCAGCACUGGGGCUGUAGAUGCCCUCUCCACAGCUCCGGCCCCAGCCCCCCCUCAGGCCUCUGUGGGAGAGCCAGGACAGAGAGAAGACAGCUCCUGCUCUGACUCCGACAGUCCUGUAGAGUCCAGCUCCGAGGAGGAGGAGGAGGAGGAGGAGGAGGCGGAGGAGGAGGAGGAGGACGAGGAGGAAGAGGAGGAAGAGGAGGAGGAAGACCCCACUAUGUUCUCUUCGAAAUUCCUCAGCGGGGCCAACCCCCUCAAUGCUGUGUCCUCUGCUGUGAACAAGUUUGGCUUAUUUGGAGAUGAUGGGGAGGGAGAUAAAAAUCAGAAAGCACCUCCCCAGCAGGGGGUGAAGCCAUCUGGAGAACAGCAGCCAGGAGCAGGUGCCGGCAAAGGUCCUCAACAGCAACAGGGACCCCCAAAAUCAGGCCAGGCCCCCCCUAUGCAAAAGAACCAGCCACCUCCUAAACAAGGAUCACCACAGCUGCAAGGGAAUGGUCAGGCUGGACCUCCAAAUAAGCCUGGUGGGCAACAAGCUGCUCCAAAGGCAGGGACUCAGCCUGAAGGCCAACUUAAAGGAGAACAGCAAAAAAGUCAGCCCAAGGGCCAAGAGCAGCAAGGUUCACCUAAGCCUGGAGCUCAACAACAGAUUUUGUCUAAAAGUGGAGCACAACCAGAAUCUCCAAAGGCAUCAUCUCAACAACAGGUACCACCGAAGACAGGGAUGCAACAACAGGGGCCUGCUAAGACUGGUGCACAGCAGCAAGAACCUGCAAAGUCUGGGGUUCAAGGGUCCACAAAAUCUGGGCCACAAAAAACUGGCUCACAGCCAGGGUCACCUAAAGUAGGACAACAACAGCAGGGGUCACCAAAAAUUGGACAGCAACAACAGGGCUCACCUAAACCUUCACAGCAACAACAGGGUUCCCCUAAAGUUGCACAGCAACAGCAGGGCUCACCAAGGGUGGGAAAACAGCAGCAAGGCCUCAGGACUUCAGCUCAGCAGCAGUCCUCUGAUAAGCCUGGGCCUCAGCAACAAGGCCCUAAGGGACCUGGUACACCUGGCCUAUCCCGAGCAGGGUCUUCAUCACCGGGAAUAACCAAAGCCGGAUCUCAGUCAAAAGCAGUAGCUAAGUCCCUUUGCCCAGUGUGUAACACAACAGAACUGAAUAUGCAUACUAAGGAACCACCUAACCAUAAAACCUGUACACAAUGUAAAAGUGAAGUGUGCAGCUUGUGUGGCUUCAGCCCUCCAGACUCAGAUGGGCGUGAGUGGCUUUGUCUUACCUGCCAGAUCCAGAGAGCUCAAGGAUCACCAGGACCUCCCAUGAAAAAGCCCACGCCAAGCAAAGUUUCUCCGGCUCAGAACCAGACGCCAUCUCCAGCUGCACCUGUCAAAAAAGAGAUGUCAGCACCAGGUUCACCUCAGAAAAUGCAGUCUGCAUCCGCAAAAGUGCCAGCCAAGGGUCCAGAUAGUCAAAAACAGGCCAGUCCAGCGUCUGUUCAGAAAAUGACACCUGAGACCCAGAGAGCAUCAGGGUCUCAAAAACCAGACCAGACUAGUCAAACUGGACGCAAGCAAAGCAGUGCCACCCCAGCUCCCCAGCAGGAGACAGGAGGUUUAUUUGGCUUUGGUGGUGCUAAAACUGAAGCUGCAAAGCCUCAAGAAUCAGUGACUGGGAAGAUGUUUGGUUUUGGCUCCUCCAUUUUCAGUUCUGCAUCUACUUUGAUAGCCUCAGCUGUUCAGGAUGAGCCUAAAACCACACCACCAGUUUCUCCAAAAAUGCAGCCUGCAAAGGAGACAAAACCACCCUCUGGCCAAAAGUCAGAGCAAGACAAGAAACAUGAGCAACCCCAGCAGGCAAAGUCUUCUCCAGCAGGACAGGCAAAAGUGGACAAAGCUCCAUCAGAGAGUCCAAAGGCCGCACUGGCUUGCCACACUGCCCCUAAAGCAGGCCAAUCCACUUGUCCACUCUGUAAGGUUGUGCUCAACAUGGGCUCGAAGGAUCUUCCCAACUACAACACCUGCACUGAAUGCAAAAGCAUUGUCUGCAACCAGUGUGGAUUUAACCCCAUGCCAAAUGUUAAAGAGGGAAAGGAGUGGCUUUGUCUUAACUGCCAGGUGAAACGAGCUGCUGGAGCAGUUGAACCUCAGAAAGACACAUCUUUGGUCAAUUCAUCAUUAAAAAAGACUACUGCAACACAGCCAGCACAACAAAAGACUUCUGCACCAAGCUCUCCUCAGAAGAAAGGGUCUACACCAGCAGUGCAACCAACUAAGGGAGAAGCUAAAGGCCCAGAUGGUCCAAAACAGGUCAGCCCAGCUUUUGGUCAGAAAACACCUCAGGAGAGCCGGAAAACAGGUCCUGAGAAAAACCCAGACCAGAGAAGCCAAACCUCACAAAAGCAGGAAAAUGCCACUGCAGCUACACAACAAGAUUCAGGAGGCUUUUUUGGUUUUGGUGGUCCUAAAUCACAACCUGAUGCUGCAAAGCCUGCAGAGUCAGUGACUGGGAAGAUGUUUGGUUUUGGUUCCUCUAUCUUCAGUUCUGCGUCCACUUUGAUUUCCGCAGCUGUUCAAGAUGAGACCAAAACUACACCACCAGUGUCUCCCAAAAUGCCGUCUGCAAAGGAUUCCAAAUCCCCCACUGCCAAGAAACCAGAACAGGAAAAGAAACCAGAACAACUCCAGCAGGCCAAGGUUCCUCCAUCAGUCCAGCUGAAAGCAGACAAACCUCCAUCAGAGCCACCAAAGCAAGCAUCAGCCUCCCCAGUCAUUUCCAAAGCAGGCCAGUCUACCUGCCCUCUCUGUAAACUGGAACUGAAUGUAGGCUCUAAAGAUCCUCCCAACUAUAACACCUGUACAGAGUGCAAAAACACUGUUUGCAACCAAUGUGGAUUUAAUCCCAUGCCAAAUGUUAAGGAGGUGAAAGAGUGGUUAUGUCUCAACUGCCAGAUGCAGAGAGCACUAGGAGCAUCUGAGCCUCCAGGAACUCCCAUGAUGAAACUACAGGCCUCACCAAAUAAAGUCAGUCCACCUGCCAAUGCCCUGAAAAAGGAAAGUUCCCCAGCAGAUAAAUCUCAAAAGAAAGACAUUCCAACACCUGCUGAAUCUAAAAUAAAGGAGGUCUCUGCACCAGGAUCCCCUCAGAGGAAACCACCAACACCAGCAGAGCAGCCAGCAAAGGCUGAAGUCAUGAAAGGACCUGAACGUCAGAAACAGGUCAGUCCGGCUCCUGAUAAGAAAACUCCACAGAGGACAGGUCCUCAGAAACCAACAGACCAGACAAGUCAAGCUGAACGUAAGCAGAGUAAUACACAAGAGGAAGCUGGAGGGUUCUUUGGAUUUGGUGGUCCUAAACCUCAACCUGAUGCUGCAAAGCCUGCAGAAUCACUGGGUGGAAAAAUGUUUGGCUUUGGUUCCUCCAUCUUCAGUUCUGCAUCAACUUUAAUAAACUCAGCUGUCCAAGAUGAAUCCAAAACAACACCACCACUUUCUCCCAAGAUACCUGCUCCAAAGGCAACCAAAUCACAUCUUGCUCAGAAACAAGAGCAGGAGAAGAAACUUGAGAAAGUCCAACAGGCCAAGGGGUCUCCAUUACCACACACCAAAGUAGAAAAAGCUCCAUCAGAGCCUCCAAAGGAUGCAGUCGCUUCCCCAGCUGUUCCCAUGGCAGGGCAAUCUACCUGUCCACUAUGUAAGGUGGAACUCAACUUUGGCUCCAAGGAACCUCCCAACUACAACAACUGCACUGAAUGCAAGAACACUGUCUGUAACCAGUGUGGAUUUAAUCCAAUGCCAAAUGUUUCAGAGGUAAAAGAAUGGUUAUGCCUGAAUUGUCAGAUGCAGAGAGCUCUCAGUGCAUCUGAACUCUCAGGACCUCCUAUGAAACAUCAAAGUACAGCCAACAAAAUUUCUCCAUCUGCUGUACAUCAAAAAGUAACAGCUCCUAAUCAAGUGGAAACUGUAAAGAAGGAAUUAUCCAAAUCUGAUGCACCUCAAAAGGUGGAGACUCCAAUACCCGAUACAGUUCAAAAGAAGGGUAGUUUCACACCGGGCUCUCCUCAGAAGACACAGACUACAGCCAUAACACAAGCAGCUAAGCCUGCUAAAGGACCAGAAAGUAAUAUACGGACUAGUCCAACUCCUGGUCAGAAAUUCCCUCUGGAUAUCCCAGGGGCAUCAGGUUCUGAGAAAACAACUGACCAGGCAGGUCAUCCUGCACUAAAAGACAGUAAGGUGACUCCAAAUACACAGCAGAGUUCACGAGACCUAUUUGGCUUGAGUGGUCCUAAAACAGCACCUGAUACUUCAAAAUCAACAGAGUCCAUGACUGGUAAGAUGUUUGGCUUUGGUUCCACCAUUUUCAGUUCAGCAUCCACUUUGAUAUCAUCUGUUCAGGAAGACUCACGUACUACACCACCAGGCUCACGUAAGAUGUCUGCACCUGCACAAGUCUCUCCCAAGAUGUCUGCUGUUCCUAAGAUUUCUCCAAAAAGUACACCGACAGUUUCUCCCCAGAUGUCGCCAGCAAGAGAUCCCAAGACAGUUGCUAAGAAUCCAGAGCAGGAGAAGAAACUAGAGGAAAAAGCUCCAUCUCAGCCACCAAAGGCAGUAACAGUAUCUCAAAUGCCUCCAAAUGCAGGCCAGACCAACUGUCCACUGUGUAAGGUCGAGUUAAACAUCAGCUCCAAGGACCCUCCAAACUACAACACCUGCACUGAGUGCAAGACCACUGUUUGUAACCAGUGUGGAUUUAACCCCAUGCCAAUAGGAGAGGUAAAAGAGUGGCUAUGUCUUAACUGUCAGAUGAAAAGAGCAGUUGGAGGACCUGAGCCCCAAGGGCCUCCAACAAUGAAAUCCCAAACAUCUCUAGGGAGAGCUCCUUCACCUGCUGCAGUCCAGUUGAUGGAGUCUUCCAAAACCACUACACCUCCAAAGAAGAGCAGUCCAAGCCUUGUUGUACAAAAGAAGGAGAUCUCAGAACCAGUGUCACCACAGAGAAAACUAUCUACACCAUCAGUGCAGUCAGGCAAACCUGAAGCUGCUACUACACCACUGAAACAGGCUAGCCCAGCACCUGAUCGUAAAACACCACAGAACGGACAGAAGACAGGUCCAGAGAAGCCACAAAAUCAGGCAAGCCAACCCGGACAUAAGCAGAGUAAUGCCACUGCAGCAAUACAGCAAGAGUCAGGAGGAUUUUUUGGCUUUGGUGGUCCUAAAACUCAACCUGAUGCUGCAAAGCCUGCAGGGUCAGUGAGUGGGAAGAUGUUUGGCUUUGGUUCUUCCAUCUUCAGUUCUGCAUCUACUUUGAUAACCUCAGCUGUUCAGGACAAGACCACUCCACCAGUUUCUCCGAAGAUGUCUCCUGCAAAAGAGAUUAAAUCCCCUGCUGCCCAAAAGAAAGCAGAUCAGAAGCAGCAACAACCCCAGCAGACCAAGAUACCCCCAUCAGUACAGGCCAAAGUGGACAAAGCCCCAUCGGAGCUUCCAAAGGCUGCAGCAGCUUCCCAAGUAGCUGUCAAACCAGGCCAAUCUACCUGUCCACUCUGUAAGGUUGAAUUAAACAUGGGGUCAAAUGAUCCACCAAACUACAAUACCUGCACUGAAUGCAAGAACACUGUCUGCAACCAGUGUGGAUUUAACCCGAUGCCAAAUGAAACAGUGGUGAAGGAGUGGUUGUGCCUCAACUGCCAGAUGCAGCGGGCUCUAGGAGCAACACAGUCCCCUGGAGUCACUUCUGUCAACCCUCAGAUACUUGCAAAACCUCAAAAGAAAGACAUCAUCAGCCCAGCUGACCAAGAAAAGACAGAGUCAUCUGCAGCACAUUCACCUCAGAGGAAACCAUCUGUAACAGCACAGCCAGCUACAGCUGAGGGUGCUAACAGGAUAGAUGGUCAGAAACAGGCCAGCCCAGUUCCUUCUCAGAAAACUGAACGUAAGCAGAGUAAUGCCACAGCAGUGACGCAACAAGAGUCAGGAGGCUUCUUUGGUUUUGGUGGUCCUAAAUCUCAACCUGAUGCUGCAAAGCCUGCAGAGUCAGUGAGCGGGAAGAUGUUUGGCUUUGGUUCCUCCAUCUUCAGUUCUGCAUCUACUUUGAUCACCACAGCUGUUCAGGACCAGGCCAAGACUACUCCACCAGUUUCUCCGAAGAUGUCUCCAGCAAAGGUGAUCAAAUCUCCUGCUGCCCAGAAGAAAGAAGAUCAGAUGAAGCUGGAACAACCACAGCAGACCAAGACACCCCCAUCAGUACAGGCCAAAGUGGACAAAGCCCCAUCAGAGCUUCCAAAGGCUGCAGCAGCUUCCCAAAGCACUGUCAAACCAGGCCAAUCUACCUGUCCACUCUGUAAGAUUGAACUCAACAUGAGGUCUAAGGACGUGCCUAACUACAAUACCUGUACUGAAUGCAAGAAUACUGUCUGCAACCAGUGUGGAUUUAACCCGAUGCCAAAUGUGUCAGAAACAAAGGAGUGGUUGUGUCUCACUUGCCAGAUGCAAAGAGCUCUCACAGCAGCCGAAUUAGCAGAGCCUCCACCAAUGAAACCCCCAGCAUCACCUAACAAAAUGUCCACACCUGCUUCUGCCCAAAAAGACACCAUUGCCAAUCAGAAGGGAGAUAUUAUUACCACACAAAAAGCAGAAGUGCCAGACAAAAAACAGAAGGACAGUCCUAUACCACAAAAGAAAGAAGAAAUUAAAACCUCACUUCAAAAGGAUAUCACCCAAACAUCAACCACUGCCUCACCAGUUGCAAAAGAGACUCCAGAUGUUGUUUCAGUUCCAACAGAAGAGGAGAAAACUGGUUCACCACCUACCAAGGAGGUUCCAACCUCCACUGCACCUCCUACCAAAGCAACAACAGCUGUGGUUUCAGACCUCAAUAAAUCACUACCUGAUCAAGCUCUUCCUGUCAGUACAGAUAUUGAAACUUCUGUCCAGAAGAAAAAGGACCUCACUCCUGAAACUGAAGUAUCAGAUAAGAAAGAUGAGAAAGAUGAAGUAAGUCAGAAAUCAGCUGACCAACCAGUCAAGUCCUCUGAUGCAAUACAGCCUCAACAAGCCCUAAACAAAGAAUCAAACCUUGUUGAAACAUCCCUUGCAAAAUCUGCUCCUCCAGCAACACAGCCAACACAGCAAGAAUCAGGAGGUUUCUUCAGUUUUGGUAGUCCUAAAUCGCAGCGUGCUGCCUCAAUAACUACAGAGGCUGUGACUGGGAAGAUGCUGGGGUUUGGUUCAUCCCUUUUCAGCUCAGCAUCUACUUUGAUAACAUCUGCAGUUCAGGAGGAGUCCCGAACAACACCACCAACUUCCCGCAAAAUGUCUGCCCCACCCCAAGUCUCUGACAAGAUAUCAACAUCACCAAAGUCCAGCCCCCCAGUUUCUCCGAGGAUGACUUCAGCAAAGGAGGCUAAAUCUGCUGCUCAGAAACCUAAUCUGGAAAAGGCGCCAGACCAGCCUCGGGAGGCCAAGGCUCCUCCAUCAGGACAGACCCAAGUGAAAGAAGCCUCCCAAGCUUCUACUAAAGUAGACCAGUCUUGUCCACUCUGUAAGGCUGAACUUAACAUUGGAUCCAUGGAUCCACCCAACUACAAGACCUGCACUGAAUGCAAAACCAACGUCUGCAACAAAUGUGGAUUUAGUCCUAUGCCAAAUGUAACAGAGGCGAAGGAAUGGCUUUGUCUCAACUGCCAGAUGCAGAGAGCACUUGGAGCCUCUGAACCUCCAGGCCUUCCUAUGAUAAAACCUCAGCUUUCACCAAGCAAAGAUAUCCCUGCAACCACACAGAAGAAAGAUACCCCAAUAUCAGCUUCAGAGGAAGACAUCACUAAACGAGCCACACCCCAAACUGAGCUUGUUAAUGUUGUCACAACUAAAGAAACUGAAUCCCCAGCCCUUAGUGCUCCAAUGAAGAAAAUUACCCCUACAACUGCUUCAUCACUUGACAAGAAUAUUCCAUCUGCUAUCGCAAAAACUGAUGUUUCACUAGCUUCACAAAAGCCACCUGGAGAGACACCCAAAGGACAACCUGGUAAACCCCAGCAGCAGCCUGCAAAAACUGUGACUUCUAAGUCUACUCCUCCACCAGGUCCAGAGAUAGGAAAAUCUUCCCCACAACAGCCAAAAUCUGGGACCUCUCCAGUCAAAUCUGUACCCCCACCAGCUCAGUCUGCAAAACAGGAAUCAGGAGGCUUCUUUGGCUUUGGGGGUCCUAAAACACAGCCGACUGCAGCAAAGACUGCUGAGUCAGUGACAGGAAAAAUGUUUGGUUUUGGCUCAUCUUUCUUAAGCUCUGCAUCCACUUUGAUAACCUCAGCUGUCCAGGAUGAACCUAGAACUACACCACCAACUCCACGCAAGAUGUCCACUACAGCCCCUGUCUCUCCUAAAACUACACCGCCAGCCUCUCCUAAAACACAACCUGCAAAGGACACCAAGCCACCUGCUACCCAGAAAAUUGAAGAGAAGAAACCAGAGAAGCCACAGCAAGACAAGACUUCUACAAAAGUACAAGCCAAAGUGGAUAAAACUCCAUCAGUGCCCCCCCAGGCACCAGCAGAUACCCAAGGUGCUCCAAAAGCAGACCAGUCCAUUUGUCCACUCUGUAAGGUUGAACUCAACAUGGGCUCCAAAGAUCCUCCCAACUACAACACUUGCACAGAAUGCAAGACUACAGUCUGCAACCUAUGUGGAUUUAAUCCAAUGCCAAAUAUGGCAGAGGUAAAGGAAUGGCUUUGUCUGAACUGCCAGAUGCAGAGAGCUUUAGGAGCGUCUGAGCCUACUGGACCUUCUGUUAAAAAACCACAGCCCUCCCCAAGCAAGGUUGAGCAGAAGGAUAUGCCAGCAUCAGUCCAGGAGAAAUCUACAGAAUCUACAGCAGUCAAAAAAGAGGUCACUCAAGCAACUCCACUCAAAAAAGAAAUCCCCAAACCUGAGACUCCACUGCCAGCUGUAGUCAAAAUGGCAGAAACAUCACAACAAGGUUCUAUGCAAAAGAAACCCGACAUUUCAGGCACUGAAAAAGGACAGGCUCAGGAUGUAGCUGGUCAGCAGCAGCUUGUUGGAAAACAAGUGCAGCUUCCUCAAACUACAAAGCCAGAAGUCAAGGCUGUUCUUACAAAACAAGAAGCUGUAAAACCACCACAACAGCCCUUAAAAUCUGCUACCCCUCCUGCCAAAUCUGCACCACCUCCAGCUCAGCCUGCUAAACAGGAGUCAGGAGGAUUCUUUGGCUUUGGGGGUCCUAAAACACAGCCGACUGCAGCAAAGCCUGCUGAGUCAGUGACAGGAAAGAUGUUCGGCUUUGGCUCAUCUUUCUUAAGCUCUGCAUCCACUUUGAUAACCUCAGCUGUCCAGGAUGAACCUAAAACUACACCACCAACUCCACGUAAGAUGUCCACUACGGUCCCAGUCUCUUCUAAACCUACACCUCCAGUUUCUCCUAAGAUGCCCCCUGCAAAGGAGACUAGACCACCUGCAACACAGAAAUCAGAGCCACCUCAACAACCCAUGCCUGCUCCAUCAGCACAAGCCAAAGUAGAGAAAGCUCCACCAGAGCCUUCAAAACCCCUAGAAGUAACCCAAGUUACUCCGAAGGCAGAUCUCUCCAUCUGUCCACUCUGCAAGGUUGAACUCAACAUGGGCUCCAAGGAUUCUCCCAAUUACAACACCUGCACCGCAUGCAAGAACACUGUGUGCAAUCUCUGUGGAUUUAACCCCAUGCCUCAUACAGCAGCGAAGGAAUGGCUGUGUCUGAACUGCCAGACACAAAGGGCUUUGUUGGGACAGCUGGGAGACUCCGGAAAAAUGCCCCAGCCUUCACCUAUAUCUGCCAAGCCAGAGAUCCAGGCAACACCUGCAACAAAAGAGGCAGAGCCCAAAAUUGCCCCUACAAAGGCAGAGCCCACACCUGCGGCCACAAAAUCACAGCCCACACCUGCCCCCAUCAAGGCAGUACCAACAGUUCCAAGCCCCAAGAUGGAACCUGCAUCUGUAAAGGUGGAAACCACGCCUACAGCAGCUGCCACACAAAUCGAAACCACACUCAUACCAACAACAGCACAGGUCUCACCUGUUACAGAAGAAAAACAACCUCAAGCAGCACCCUCAGCAGAACCCACUAUACCCACUAUGGCCCCUGUGAAAGAGACAGUAGUACCAUCAAAGGUUAAAGUGCCAAACACAGAUGUUACCAAAACUGUAACAAUGGAAACCAAAGAAGAGGCAGUGAAAAAGGAGCUCAAUAUAACAAAAUUUCCCACAGCUGAAGAGUCGAAACCUGACCUUCCAAAAGUCAAAUUUGAAGCAGGUGUAGCUGCAGCUUCCUCUUUCCCAGUGACAGAGGCUACAGUUGUACCAACCUCCACUAUUCCUACAGAGAGUGCUCUGGGUGGAGAUGUUUCAGGGACUGAAACAAAGCCAGGAUUGUCUGCCACCAAGAGGACUGUUAAAGAAGUAGAGCCUGAUGAUCAUAUCAAAUUGACAGAACCAACAAAAUCUUCACAGCAAGUUGAGGUGCAACCAAAGACACAAGAAACACCACUGCCAUUGAAGAUAGAAUCAGUGAUAGAAGAAGACAGCAAGGAAGUGGCAGAUAACUUGGUUGAAAAGAUUACUGAUGUCACCUCAACUCCAGAGACACAACCAGUAUCUACAAAGAGCAUCAUCAUAAAAGACCAAGAUGAGACCAAAAAAGAGCCGGUGAAGGAAAGAAAGGUUUCCCUACCAACUGGGCAGAUUUUGCCUGUGACAGCUACUAAGCCUAAAUCCAAAGGAGAGGAGCAUGAUGAAGAUCAACCCCAGAUUUUACCUAUAUCACAGGAAUUAAAGGAUGGGCAGGUGGUUAGCGAUACAUGGAAAAAUGAUAUAAAUACAGAACCAUCCAUGCCAGUAAAAGAGGAAGUUAAAGCUGAGAGAAGGCGCUUAAGUUUCCAAGCAAUGAAUGAGAGCAGUGAAAGUGAGCUCACACUUUCACCCACACCCUCACCUAAAGUCCAGAGGAGGAGGCUUAAGGUGACAAAUGUUUCAUCCAGCAGUGAGGACAUCAAAACUGAAAGCGCUGACUCCUCUGUUGAAGAUGAAGAGUUUAUUCGCAAGCAGAUAAUGGGUAUGGGUGAUGAAGAAGAAAUGUCUCUUUCAGAAGAUGAAAAAGAAAAUGAUUUGACAAAUGAGAAAGCUAUCAAGGAGGCUGAGCUUGAUAAUGCUUCAGUGACAGCCAUAUCACUGUCUAGAAAAGGUAGCACAGAUAAUGAGGACAGUCCAGCUAGGAAAAUAGCCCUCCCAAAAACUGGCAUUUCAACUGCCCAAGAUGUUCCUGAAACAAUGCCCAGCACUACCUUCAAGAAAGCCAUUCCAGUCAUGAGACAGAGGCAAAGUACUGAUGAAGAAGUAGAGAGCAUCACAGAAUCCCUGUCAAAGGGAUCAUCUAGUGUUCAGGCAUCUAGCUUUACUCCAGGGUCUUCACCUACAUCAGCCUCAUCUCUGGAGGAGGACAGUGAUAGCAGCCCCAGUCACAGGAAAGUCAGUGGGGACAAACAGCAUCGCAAAGGUAAGCACAGGCAGCCAACUCAGCCUCUCCCAACUAUUGAGGACUCCUCUGAGGAAGAGAAGAUGAGGGAUGACGAGAAGUCUAGGAAAGAUAAAGAUGAACUUAGGUCCCAUCCACUGUCUCCAUCUGAAGCGGUUUCCUCCACUGAGGACCUGAGACAGGUCACUGUAAUGGAUGAAACCAAUAGAACAUCUGGCUCUGAGUACUCUGCCAGUAUAGAAUCAGAAGCAGAGGGUAGGCGAGCUGUACAGAGAGGACGUAAGCCUUCACCAACAGUGAUACCAUACACUCCUACUGAUCUUUUUAAAGAGAAAGAUACUGUUACAAAAGCAUUGAAGAGUGCUGAAGAAGCAUAUGAGGAAAUUAUUCAGAAGACAAAAACUAUACCGGGGGAGAGUCCUCCUGAUAUUGAGCCACUCUACGGAGGAAUGGCAAUUGAGGACUAUCUUUACGAAUCCUUAGUUGAGGAGCCUGAAAUUAAGAUGAGUGAAUCUCAAGAGGAAGAACCUAAACAGAUUGCUAGCUCUGAAUCUCUCAAAAAACUCAGGUCACCGGAGGAGGUUUAUGAGGAGAUGAUGCAGAAAAAGAGAGAACUGAUGAUGAUAGAGCAAGAGUUUCAGCAGGCCCAGACUGCGAUGGAAUCUUCAUCACCAGAAGCUUCAGUCACUGAGCCUCCUUUGGUUGCUGAGACCUGUGUGGUAACCAUACCCACAGAUGAGACAUUCUUCACUGGACAAACUGAUAUGCCUCUUAUAGAUACUGAAACUUUAAGCGAAGUGACAGUAAAGAAAAAGAAACGGCCAGCUCCACCACGGCCCUCUGAGCCCCCUAAGCGCCCUGAGGUGACUGUUGUUCCCAGUACUCCUAGUGGAUCUAUAGGUUUUGUUAGGCCUAUGGUUCCUCAAGAUCCUGCACUCAGAAAAGCUUUAUUCCCCAUACCAGACCUCAAGAUUACCCAGUGCUCAUCUGGGGAGGAAGAGGAUGACAGUCUUGCAGAUGAGUAUGGUGUUGGUAUUUCCUCUGACAUUACCCCGAGUGAUGACUCUGAGACUAAAGAAGAUCCAUCAAUUAGCCCACCUUUGUCUGAAACUGCUGAGAUGGAGCCUAUCUGUGUGGUCUGUGAAAUUCCAGAGCCAAAACCUAUUCCAACUCCAAUAUCAGCCCCAGAACUCACCACUACACCUUCCCCUGUAUCACCUAUGUCACCUCCAACUUCACCAGCCACUCCAGAUUCCAGUUUGGCUUCAAAUGCUACAUCCUCAACCUCAUUCCAGGCUCAAACACCUCUUUCAUCAGAUUCAACUCCACUGUCUACACCAACACCACCACCUUCUUUUGUAACCCAAACACCUCCAGAGGUCUCACCACCAUUGUCUGCAACAGUUGCAGUAGAACCAUCUAUUGGGGGCUCAGUAUCUCGUCCUUCUCCAACCACAGUUAUAGUUACAAUACCAGAUGUGGUUUCUGAUCCAUCCAAAGCUCAAACAACUGCAGUAGUUCAAGUUAAGCCUUCUACAGCUGAAUCCCCAACUCAAGCCCUAGUGGAGGUUUCUACUGUGCCUGUUGUGGUCCAAAUGCCAGACUUGGUUUCAUCUCCAUCUCAGGUGCCUAUUGAAUCUCCAGCUGUUAUUCAGGUCUCAGCACCAAGUCCAGCACCCGCUGUUGUCACAGCCCAACCUACAGCCAUAGUUACAGCUACACCUGUUGCAGUCUCCACUCCAGCUUCAGCUGAUGUUGUUUCUCCUUCUGUCACUCUGGCCUCAUGCCCUGGGCCAGUCAUAGUCCAGAUGCCUGACCUGGUUUCAACUACAUCGCCAAUCUCUGCACAAACCCCACUACCAGUGUCAGCACUUGUAACAACCCCAGCUCAAGCCCAAGCCAAAGUGGUACACUCAGUCCCUGUACAACCAGCCGUCCCAUCAGUGAGCCCAGUGGUAAUCCCAGCCCUGGCUCAAACAGGCCAGGUGCCUGCACCAGCUCUGGCAUCAACUACUAUAGUCAAAAAGAAGGUCCCACCACCACCUCCUCCUCGAUCUACUUCAGUGUCAUUGCCUGAGCCUAACACAGAAUUUCCACUUGUAAGGACGGUUCAGCAUGUCACCCCUAUUAUGACUACUACUAUAGCUAUGGGAACCCCUGCACCUGGCCAAUCAAUGCAGUCUGUAGUUGUGGAUAUACAACCAAGAAUGGAAGACUUACAACCAGAUAGUGCGGCUGUACCUCAUAUAGUUACACCAACCAGACAAGGGCAUGUAGUCAUCAUAGUGCCAAGUGGGGAAAACAUAUCUCUGCUUGGACGAACCCCACAAGAUAUGACUAGCAUAGGCCCAAUAGCGUCCACUGCUUCUCUGCCACAGAGUACUCAAAUAGACACACACCCUGCUUCAAAUAUACCCAGUGAAGAUACAGCUUCACUAUCCACUAAGGUGUCAGCAGUGCCGGUGGCUUCAGCUCCACCGCUUCCACCUAAAUCUAUGGCAGGAACAAAAGCUGUAGACACAGUACAAAUACCUGUAGCAGAUACACCUUCACCACCUCCUACUACAUUACCCAAGCCAACUGUUUAUGCAAAGCUACCAGUUACCACCACAGUAAUGACUGCUACAGCAUCAGAACCACAAGUUUCUGUUACAACAACUGGUCCUAGCCAAACUGCAAAGCCUCCUCCACCCAUACCACCAAAGCCUAUAACAAUUCCAGCUGGACUGGUUUUCAGCCAUAAGCCAGGAGAGAGUGUCAAGCCGCCUCCUCCUCCUGUGGCCCCUAAAGCUGCAACACUGCCCAGGACCAAAGAACCUCCAAAUGCUCUGUCACUUAGCCUGACACGUCCUGUAGACUCUAAGUUGGGUGCAACAUCUCCUAAGUCACCUUUGUCUCCUAGACAUGCAAAAUGUUUGCAAACCUAUGUCGUGAUAACCCUUCCAUCUGAGCCUGGUUCACCAACAGAGGGGAUAACAGUCCAGGCACCUGUAAGACGAGGGUCCAUCCCAUCUGCUAAAGUGUCAGGAGUACGGACCACACCUUCAGAACAGAAAACACCCACUGAGGCAUUCUCAGCACAGGCUACAGUGAGGAGGGCCUCUGUCCCCACCGUAAGACAUCCACCUCCAAUACACGUACCUCCAACUGUGGCAGUAGAGCAAGUCACACCUUCAGAGGUAGUGACUGCUAAAGUGCAAACCAGGAGAGACUCUGUACCUUCUGUGGUGCAACCACCACCAUCUGUAGCUAAUGUCACCACAGUGUCAUCAGGUCAGGACACAUCCAUUCAGGUACAUAGCGUACCUCUUCCAAUUAAGAAACCAUAUGUGCAACAACAACCAAUUACUCAGCCACUGUCAUCACCUAAAACAAUAUCUGAGGUCAUCACAAUGCCCCCAGAGCCAAAGGUUCUUAUUCAGCCACAAACAGUCCAAGCCACAGCAAGAGUACAGUCUAUACCAUCUGCCGCUCAGCAUCCAAUUGUAACAACGGAGGUCAUAACAGCUCCACCAGAGGUUUCAACUGAAGCACUAGUUCCUCAGGCCACAAUACCAACUGUACCUGUGCAGCCACUGACAGAAAUUGUUGUUGAACCACUGCAGCAUGUACCAUUAGAUGCACUAGUUCUGCAAGACAGACCAGCUGCAGUUCCCUCAACUGUUCUUUAUCCACAAGUUGCACCUCAAAUAGAAAUGCAACAAAAAGAACAGUAUAUGCCUACUGAUGUCACUGAGGCAGUGAUAAGAUCAUUGAUACCAGGAGCGAGCCAGCAAAUUCCUGUUCAAGAGCAAUUUACAGUAGUUGAAGCAGUGACUCACUCUACAGAGCAAAAUUUGCCAACAGAUACUCACACCAUUGCUGAACUCACAUCAGUACCACAAACUGUUCAGCCUCUUGAAGCUCUGCCUACAGUGAUAGAGCAGCUAUCUACACAGCAACCACAUCUUGUAACUGAAGUGGUAACCCUCGCUACAAAGUUUGAAUUACCUACUGAAGUUAUUACAACUGACGCUGCUCUUAGAAUACCAACAACAUCUCCAGUGCAACAUGCUCUACCUGUAGCAGCUGAAGUUAGCCCAAUACCCGAAGUAGCUAAGUUAGUGCCACUAAUUACAACUGAUAAGAUGAUAACUCCUACAAUUGCUGAAGUAAAACAAUCACCUCUUGUAAUGGAAGUCCAACAAAUGGCAGUGCAGCCAAAAGUACCUCCUGUUACUUAUAUACCACAGGUCUAUGGGGCAAUUACACCUUCAGUCAUUUCACAUUCAACACCACCACCGGAGUUCAUAGCAUUGCAGCCUGAACGUGAGACACCCACAGAGAUUAUGACAACGAAUGUUGAUUUAAGCAGAAUGACAAUACCAUCAACAGCGACACAGCCUCAAGGAGUGGCUGGGAUACCAGUUGGAGUGAUUACAACUGAGGAGACCACGAGUAGAAGGCGGACAUCCAUAUCGUCCAUAGUACAGCCAGCAUUCACAACAAAAGAGAUAUUUACCUAUCCCAUAGAGUAUGAAAUGCCCACACAGGUUGUUACAACUGAGGCCUUUGCUGCUACCCGGAGAGAGUCCAUAACCAUGCAGCAACAAGUACCAUUGGCACAGAUAGUAAACUUGCCAGCUGAAAAAGAUCUUCCUAUUGAUGGUUAUGGUGUUCAGGUCCCCUACAGAAAAGGAUCUAUUCCUUCAUCAGAACAACAACCCCAGACAUUAACUUAUUCAUCAGAAUAUGAUCAGCCUCUUGAAAUAAUCACCACUGAGGCAUACACUAGGAGAACCUCAGUGCCCACUGCACAGGACAUUCCACAGGGUGUGUCUGUGGCUCCAGUCACAAUCACUAAAAUUCAGAAAGAGUCUAUUGAGAGCCAAGAGAUUCGGGGCCCAGAAAAAGUGGUCUCUAGUAUGAGUCACAUGUAUUCUUCUUCAAUUUCCACCUCAGCUCAACCCCCUGAAAGACUGCCCAGCCUGGUCACUCAAGUGGUUACCACUGAGGUACAGAGGACCACUGUUUCCGUUGUCCAUGAAAGACUUCCACAGGUCCCUCCACCCAGUGUAGCAAUCACUAUACAGCCGGACGUAGCUAAAGUCCAACCUUUGCCAAAACAGAAUGGAAAGAUAAUAUAUCCUGGUGAUGUUAUUGAUUUACGUACUAUGAAGGUUGGCGUGAGGAUGACUGAACAAGGCAUGGACCUGACACCACCUGAGUCAUGUCGACAGUCUUUUUCAAGCGACUCUAGUGGACGUCAAAUCACAGCAGUGCAGCCUGAGAUUGUAAAUCUUAGUGCAGAGGUCACCCCUGCAACCACACUGUCAGUUGUCACUGACAGCAUCACAAUAGUCACAUGCACAGCCACCAUUGCAGCAUAUAACAAGGCUCCAGCAGAGAAACCACUUGAUUUGCAGGGCCCUGUUACAUCAUUACCUCUUCCUCUGACCACAUGCAAACCAUUUGAACCGCUGGCACAGAUUGUAUACAGACCUGUGAACUCUCAGCCCCUUGUCAGUGCUGCAGCAUCCACAGCUCAGGAGUCACCCAUUAAUCUUUCCUUUGGAGCGCUUGUCUCCGCAGGAGUCAAACAGCCAAUGACUUCAGCCCCAGUAGCUAUCAGUAAUGGAGGUCCUGUCCUUUCUCUAGAAGCCACAGGGGCCAUGGAUUUGUCAAACUACAGACCAGUGAGAGCUAUGGUAGCUUUGUCUGGCACAAGCCCAGGAGUUGUGACCACUGUUGUAGAGGAUAAUGGGACUCCAGUUGACCUUACAGCUGGUAGGAGGAGUGUAUGCUGUGAUGUCAUUUACAAGCUACCAUUUACAGGAAGCUGCAGAACACAGCCCCCAGUUACAACCCAGCCUGACAACCGUUUUGGCUAUAGAGAUGACCACUACCAAUAUGAUAAUGCUGGAAUUUAUGGUAUCAAAGGCAUGAAUGGUAUAAAAGCAUCAAUGUCUGAGUCCAACCUCACAGAGGCAGGAAUUUUCUCCUAUGAUCCCAAGAAUGACUAUGACUAUCUCAGUGGAUCUUCAGAUGGUGCUAUAGACCUCACUGCUGCCAAACUUUCUGCUGGUAAAGCUCUAGACUACACUAGCAAAGCGACUGGAGUCUACCCUGGGAUGACUACUGCUCCAUACUCCCAGGUCCCUGCUGCUGGGUUUGGUGUAAAUAGUGUUCUAAGAACCUCAGAUGGAAUAGUUUACUCCUCUGUUGCUGCCCCAGUUCCAUCCACCUAUGCAAUUACAACUCAACCAGGCUCCAUCUUUAGCACUACCUUAACACCUACAUCAACAGUCCAGAACCAGUCAUUGCCUCAUCCUUAUGGCUUCAUUCCCACUACAGACCCAGGACAGAUCAUUCCUUAUGACACAGGGAUACCUAAGGAGCUUCUUCCCACAGCUUUGGCUGACAUCAUAACAGGCUAUCCAGAUAUGUACUCAGACACCACCCUGGAAGCAAUUGCUGCCUCUCUGGAUGCCUUGGCUUCUUCCCCAAUAUUCCCUGGCUUAGACAACACUAAGAUGGCCCAGUAUCAAAUGGAGAGGGAGUUUCUAGAGCUAGAGAAGCUUAAGCAGCUAUGUCUUGCUGAAGAGCUGGAGUGGGAGAGGCAAGAGAUCCAACGUUAUCGUGAACAGGAACAGCUUAUGGUCCAAAGGGAGCUCGAGGAGCUUCAGGCUCUGAAACAGCAGCUUCUCCUGCAGCAAGAAGAAGAGCACCAUGCCCACAUGGUGGCCCAGCAGGAGACGUAUGCCCAACAAAAAGAGCAGCUACAGCAAAUUCAACAACUCCAACUCCAACUCCAGCGCCAGCUAGAUGAGCACUAUGGUAACACUGGUACCACAGGAAACCUCCUAGAUGCUAAGUAUGCUGGAGUAGGAGACAGCGGCCAGUACUGGCCUGUCAAAGAUGAGUCUAUGACUCCAUCUGUUGGGACACAGUUAGAGGAAAGUCAGGACCAGCUUAGUAUAAUAAAGAAACUUCAAGCUGAUCAGGACACAGGGAAAAAAAUUAUUGAUAGUGGAGUGCAGACAGAUGAUGAAGACUCAGCAGAGAAGCAGCAUGUAGGAAGGAGAAAGAAGAAUAAGAGAAAUGUUGAUAGCUCAGCUCAGACUGACGAUGAGGACCAAGAUGAAUGGGAUGCUCCAACAAAAGCCCGACGACGCUCUCGAAAACAUAGCAGUGAUGGGAAACAUGGCUCCAAGGUCUCUAGUAUUGCUAUUCAGACAGUGGCAGAGAUAUCUGUCCAGACUGACCACUCUGGAACUAUCAAACGACCCAAUGUCCAGAUGGACACUAAAGUGGAAAUUAUCAAGCAUAUCUCAGCUCCGGAGAACUCUCAGAGAGGUGGCAGUCUGAGCUGUCAGACAGAUUCAGAUAGAAGGCACACACCUAUUGAGGUGGGCUACAGCACACACCUAACAGCAGAUGUCCCCUCUAAGUCUAAAGUCUUCUAUACUCCAGUCUCCCCCAUGUCCCCAGAAAAGUCACUUGGAGGGCAGAGAAUGCUGACUGCUGACCCAACCAGAUUUUCUUCUGGCCCACGGAUAUUAAAGGCUGGUCAGAAGUCUCUAUCUGAUCCAAAAUCCCUUAGUCCUACCACAGAAGACAGGAUGAGUGGAUACUAUGCAGAUAGCUAUUCUGGCCGAGGCUCUCCCUCUGGUACAGGUAAGAAAGUAAAGCGGACACUACCAGACCCCCCACCUGAGGAUGACUCUCUGACAGGACGGUCAGGCUAUAGCACCAACUCUGCUCGUCGCCGACUUGCCCGCAGUACAACAAUGGCUCGAGCAAAAAUCCUGCAAGACAUUGACAAGGAGCUUGAUCUGGUGGAGAGAGAGUCUUCAAAACUUCGCAAGAAACAGGCUGAGCUAGAUGAAGAGGAAAAAGAGAUUGAUGCCAAGCUACGGUACCUGGAGAUGGGUAUCAACCGGCGGAAAGAGGCCUUGCUCAAGGAAAGAGAGAAGAGAGAGAGAGCCUACCUCCAAGGGGUGGCUGAGGAAAGAGAUUACAUGUCAGACAGUGAAGUUAGCAACAUCAGAGAGGCUAGGGGUGAUGGCCUGGAGAGACCACGGACAGCUCCUCAAUCAGAGUUCGACCAAUUCAUCCCCCCACAGACAGAGGCUGAUUCCCAGUACAACACAUUAACUAGUCCAUACUCUCACUAUGCGCAGUAUGUUCCACAGACUCAAACCACCAGCCAUUAUACACAACAGAACCUAUAUCAGCAGCAGUCCCUUUACCACCAACAGGUGUCUCCUUACCCAACUCUGUCCCUCUCCCAUGCCCAGGCUCAGCCUAGUAGCUACCAGCAUGCUUUGCUCUUGCAGCAGGGAAAACAGCGACAAACCACUCUGUCUGAUUUAGAGCCUAAGAUCACUACCAACUAUGAAGUGAUACGCAACCAGCCUCUGCUCAUUGUACCAACCUCCACAGAAAGUGGCUAUGGAGUGGCUCACCUAGGGGGCAAGUAUGGCAACUUGGACUUGAGGCUAGGGCUAGAGGAGAGGAGCAUGGCCUCUAGUCCCAUGUCUAGUAUUUCUGCUGAUUCAUUUUAUGCUGAUAUUGACCAUCAUAAUGCCAGGAACUAUGUGCUGAUAGAGGACAUAGGGGAGCUCACCAAGGCAUCAACAGGGCUGAGCAACACAGGCUUAAGUUCUGGAUUCAACCUGCCUGAUAAGGAGUUGUCCAAGGCAGACAGACUACUCAGGGCAGCAGAAGUCAGGCGCACAGCAGAGGUGGCAGAUUUUUUAGGCUCAUCUCGGCUUCAAGGUUAUGGUAAAGGAGAAGAUGACACUAUGGAGGAGCCUUAUGAGCUGAAACUACUGAAGCAGCAAAUCAAGCAGGAGUUCAGACGAGGAACUGAGGGGCUAGAACACUUAACAGGUCUGGGACUACCCCAGUAUCUCCCCAGUGACAGCAGCUUUCGCCACUUUCCUAAAGGGGAGAAGUAUAGCAUUGGCAGGCUCACCCUUGAAAAACAGGCUGCAAAGCAACUCCCAGCAGCUGUGCUUUACCAGAAACAGAUGAAGAACAAAAAGGCCCUAAUAGACCCUAAGGCCAUCACUAAAUUUUCUCCAAUUCAGGAGAGUAGGGACCUGGAGCCUGACUUCGGCAGCUACAUGGGUUCUGGGGCCUCUUCUGUAACCAAUCUAGCUGCUAGGGCUAGGUUACUUCAGGAUGAGAUUACGUUUGGGCUAAGAAAGAACUUGUCUGAGCAGCAAAAAUAUUUAGGAUCCUCCCUGGGGGCCAACCUAGCUGGUUCUCUUAAUCUUGGGCAGUCCUUUGGACUGGGAUCCGCUGUCAGGGCCACUGCCCAGGAUGAUGGCACCUACCCAAGUGGUACUCGUUCCCGACCUUCAUCACGCCCCUCCUCCCGCCCCUCUUCUGUCUAUGGCUUGGAUCUAUCUAUCAAACGGGACCUAUCCAGCUCCUCACUCAGACUUAAAACAGAGGGAGAGGUCCUGGAUGCAGCAUUUGCCCCUGGGGUGGCCAGAGCAAAACCCACUAGUUUACCUAUCAGCCAAAGCCGGGGCCGUAUCCCCAUUGUGGCUCAGAACUCUGAGGAAGAGAGCCCUCUGAGCCCAGUGGGGCAGCCUAUGGGCAUGGCUAGAGCCUCAGCUGGACCUCUCCCUCCCAUUUCUGCUGACUCCAGGGACCAAUUUGGGUCUAGCCAUUCUCUGCCAGAGGUACAGCAACAUAUGAGGGAGGAAUCUCGGACGCGUGGCUAUGAUCGAGACAUUGCAUUCAUCAUGGAUGACUUGCAAGGUGCCAUGUCUGACAGCGAAGCACUAAGUGAGUCCAUGCUGGCUUUGAACAGAGAUGAUGCCAGAAUCUUUCAUGAAAGUAUCAGACACGCUGGAGGCCCAAACUGGAAUAUAGAAGCCUACCACCUGAGGAGAGAGGACACUGAUUGGUUUGAUAAGCCAAGAGAAGGGCAUCCACAGAGUGGAAACAUGUCAGACAGGAGACAGAUGAAACUGGUCCCUUAUGCCUUCCCUCACACCCGCAUCAAGCUUAAGAGAGACCUGAAGGACACCAGUGUGUCAGGGAAUGGACUUGGGAUCCGUGUAGUAGGUGGGAAGGAUAUUCCGGGGAGCAGAGGAGAGAUUGGAGCCUACAUUGCCAAGGUUAUCCCUGGUGGUGUGGCAGAACAAACAGGAAAAGUUGUAGAGGGAAUGCAGGUGUUGGAGUGGAAUGGAGUCCCUCUGACGGGAAAGACUUAUGAAGAAGUACAGUGCAUCAUGGGCCAGCCAUGUGCAGAGGCGGAGCUCUGCGUGAGACUCGACCUUAAUAUGCUGUCUGACCCUGAGCACCCACAAGCCCUGGAGCACCAUGUCCAGCUUAAGGCUGGUGGACAGCGUUCUCCUGGUGUGGAUCCUAAGCAGUUGGCUGCAGAGCUACAGAAGGUGUCCCAGCAGCAGGCUCCUGGUGUGGCUGGAACAGGGGUUGGACCUGGGGGUUUGGGAGUACUCUCCGCACUGGAGCGCUCUGCCCUCCUCCACUCGGGGACUGGCUCGGCUGCCUCCAGCGGCGUGCCAAGCCCUGGCCAGCCUGCAUCCCCGGCCAUAAACAAAAAGCAGCGACACAAGCCAGCAGAGGUGAUGAAGAUGCCUCAUCCCAUCACUGGAGAAAUUCAGCUCCAGAUCAACUAUGACAGGAACCUCGGAAACCUGAUCGUCCACGUCCUGCAGGCUAGAAACCUAGCCCCGAGGGACAACGAUGGCUACUCUGACCCUUUUGUCAAGGUCUACCUCUUACCGGGGCGAGGCCAAGUCAUGGUUGUCCAGAAUGCAAGUGCUGAUAACAAGAGAAGGACCAAGUACGCCCAGAAGACCAUGAACCCAGAAUGGAACCAGACUGUCAUCUACAAGAACAUUCAUUUGGAGCAGUUAAAGAAAAAGACACUGGAGGUGACAGUGUGGGACUAUGACAGAUCCUCCUCCAAUGACUUCCUUGGAGAAGUCUUGAUUGACUUGUCAAACACCACCCAGCUGGACAACACUCCUCGCUGGCUGCCUCUGAAGGAGCAGAGUGAAAGUAUUGAGCACAGCAGAGCACACCACGCUGCUCAAGGCCCACCUGGGUCAGGUCAGGGUCAUGGUCAGGGACACGGCCAAGGCCAGGGCCAUAUGUCAGGGCCUGGAAUGGGGCCUGGACAUGGUAUGGGACAGGGUCAAGCACCAGGACAGGGAGAUGGAAGUCAUGAUUCACCUAAAAACUCUGUAAUCAAGAGCAGAAGUCAUGGAAUCUUCCCUGAUCCAGCCAAAGACAUGCAGAUGAUGCCUUUGGAAAAGUCACACAGCAGCCCAGGUAGCUCCAAGUCUUCCUCCGAUGGCCAACUGCGCUCCCAUGGCCCAUCCCGAAGCCAAAGCAAGAGCAGCGUCACUCAGGCCCACCUUGAGGAUGCUGGGAUAGCCAUUGCUGCCGCCGAGGCUGCCGUGCAACAGUCCCGCCUGCAACCAAGACCAGGACACCGACUGGCUGAUGUCUCUGGGUCAGUGGUGCUGUCUGCCCCCAGUCUUGUGGGAGAUGCCUAUGGAGGUCUGGAUGGGGAAGAGGGUGCAGGCACUGGAGUGGACAGUGCCAUUUUUCAAGUGCCACGCAUUGGUAAGACUAUUCCUAACGGCACCGACAAAAACCAACUAGGGACCCCAGAAAAUGAAGCUGGUAAAACACAAGUAAUGGGGGAGAUCAAGGUCGCUCUCAAGAAGGAGGUGAAGACAGAAGGGGACCAACUGGUCUUGGAGGUCCUUCAAUGCAGAAACAUCACUUACAAGUUCAAAAGCCCGGACCACCUACCAGACCUCUAUGUGAAGUUGUAUGUGGUGAAUGUGGCCACUCAGAAGAGGAUCAUCAAGAAGAAGACAAGAGUUUGUCGACAUGACAGGGAGCCCUCUUUCAAUGAGACCUUCAGAUUCCCUCUCAACCCAACUGGACACGCCUUACAGCUGUUCUUGGUGUCUAAUGGAGGGAAGUUCAUGAAGAAGACCCUGAUAGGGGAAGCCUACAUCUGGUUGGACAAGGUGGACAUGAGGAAGAGAGUGGUCAGCUGGCACAAGCUGUUCGUCAGCUCCACCCAGACCAAUCCCUGAACACCACACCAAAAAGAGUAGCAGGAGAUUGACGAAAGGUGAAGCCAGACCGUACUAGUUUAGAGAUCCAAUGUGACAAAAAUGGAUGAGAAAAAAAUGUUCCAGAGGAGGAAAUAAAAAGAUCCAUUUAAUCUACUUCCUCAGUUUAUAAGUUUUAAAAAAGGAGGGAAUUAUGUGCUACUACCAUAACAAACGUAUCAGUCCAACACUGCCAGCACACGUCCACCUCCUCCCAUCAUGAGUCUCUGCUGGUUGUGGACUUUGCUUGUAGGAUGCAAACAUGCAAAUGCCACAGCAGGCACUGAAACAGACUCAGCAGCAAUAUGGCUUUGAGGGCAGUGAUGUCUUUCUUACCAUAGUUUCAAUUCCAUCAUUCACACGAGACAUUGUUGUUUUGGUGCUGUGCAACUGAGCUAACAUAUCUAUCGAAGGGAAAAAUGAAAAAAAAGAAGACGAAUUUCACUUUGAUCACAGAAUCAUCAACUGAGUUUGGAUUGUGUUCUUGUCAUAUGACAGUCAUCGGUGUAAUGCCCACAUGAUGGUUGUGAUGUGUGUGUGGUCCUGAAAUAUUUAGUGAAGAAGGAAUGCAUAAUGUUUGUAUGAUAGUCAAGUUCCAUGUAAAAAGAAAAACAAAGCAAAAGCCUUUAUGUAGAACUGAGUCAGACUGCUGACUGUUGCUAUGGGAUGAAGAUAAAAUGUACAGCACUUCAGAUGUAGAUAACACACAGCAGAUUACAGAACAUAUCAGAGACUCACAUUGUACAGUGUGAUGUUUAUGUAGUAUACAAAGAUAUCAGAUUCUGAAUAUAUCUAAAUACAAUAUACAGUAUAAUACAAUAUAUAUACAGUAAGAGUUGUUCUCUUGUCACUAGAUGAUAUAUAAUGAGAUAUACACACACGAUGUCUGUUAGACUGAGGCUGUGGGUGGCGCACUGACAAUCCAGUAGGCUUCUUUAGUCUAUGGUGUAGGCAGUCUUAAUAACUGUUAUGUGAAUGUGGACCUACGUGAGAUGAAGGAAGUUCCUGAAAAAUAGCUCCUUUGGUCCUCCGAUCACACUGAUCACACCACUACAAUAUUCAACAGGGCUGUGAUAGAUUAAAAUAAAGGUCAUGGUCACUAUCCAGCGACAUAUUGCUAUUUCACUGGCAUGCUAUUAUGUAGGGCAGGUUAGAAUUACAAUAAAAUGAACAGCAUCUUGUGCUUUGAAGCCCAAAGCACAUGCUGUGUUGAAUGUUAUAAACCAUCUGUAGAGGAUGACAAGAGUUUAUCACAUCUGUGUCAUGUGUAGAGUAUUUUACUUUACGGCUGUUGUAGUUGCUCAGAGUAUGCAGAAUAUUUCUUUCUGUGUAGCCCAUCGUGUAAUUACACUGUUGGAAUGGACAUGUAAUUCACACAAGUUGUGUCAAAAACCCAUACGAAGAUCUGCAACUGUCAUUACCUCAGUAUGACAGCUCUGCUUUCUGUGCAUUAGUAAAAGCCCUCCACCCCUGGUCUGAGUUUUACCAAAAAAUAAAAUUAAGGAAAAAAAAGUUCUUUACCAGUCAAAUGUCAAGAUUCCUCUGUGUGUCUGGUUGUGCUGUAAAACUCACCAUACUGUUUUGUGUCAGUGACUCCCAUUGCAACACAGUGAACCAGCCUCUUUCACUGCCUGUGACCAAAACACUCACUCAGGCCCACUGGGGUUCAGUCAUAUUUAAGUCAGAGGAACACAUGGGGGCCGCGUCUCAGUACUAAUGUGGAACAGGUGACCCAUGUAUUCAUCUUGCAAUGUUUUGCCACCAUAUCUACAUUAUGAAGAAAAAAGAAAAAAAAAUAAUAACAAACAAAAAAACACAAGUGACCCUUUGUCAGUGUAUUUAGGCAUAUCACAGGGCUGAUGCAAUUUUAUAGAGUUCUAUAAUAAAUAUAACAGAGAAAACAACAAAUACACUUGGAACAAGAUGUCACUUGAAUCUUACAAAAGGUAAACAAAAAGAGGAUAUAAUAAGGAAGGGAACAUGGUUGAUUUUUCAGAUAAUUAUUUUGCUGUGCCAACCCUGAUUUAUUAUUUUUUUAUUAUUCCAGACCCAUUGGUUCUUUUGAAGUACUUCUAUGCAACAUAGAUGUGUUUGAAUGCAUUUGUUUUUUGGAAUUGAAUGUUUUAUCUGUGAACAUAUCGUCUUAAAAUAUGUCUUAUAGAAAAUAACUUUAAUUUGUACAUCACUGAGAGAAAAUAUUAAAUAUAUUGAUUUUUUACUGAUUUUAAUAUAUAGUGAUGUUAACAGCUGUUAACGUCCACAUGGAGCUUGUGCACUUUAUUAUUACAUUGUAUUAUUUUCUUGUCUCAUUUUAACUGUCAUGACAUGCAAGGUUAUGUGUUUUGUGUUUCUUCACUGAAAUGAACUGAAUCAUGGUGUAUGUGGUGGCAGAAAAUAUUGUGGUGUACAUUUUGUAUCUAUGUGGCAAAAGAAAAACAUGCAGACAUGUUGGGGUUCCUAAACACAAUGCACAAUCUGGGGAGAAAUCACCCUUACUACAUCAUGCUUAUAGUCCACUGAACAGUCGGUGUACAAAGUACAAUAAAAAAAAGACAUAUUCCCUCAACACUCAGUCAUGACUGUUUAGCCCCUCGUGUUUCAUUAGACUUCCCUCAAGCUAAAUACUGUUUGUUCAGAUCAGCUGUUGCCUGUAAUUGUGAAACCAUCCAUUUGUUGUUGUUCUGAGGGGUGCGAAUGUGACUUGAGUCCUUUGACAUGUGUACAUAAAGUGUUUAUUUUCUACAAAGAUUGAAUGUUUAUAUUGUCCGACGUUUGAGCAUGUGAGUGUUGAAAAAAAUCACAAAAGACUUAUAAUUGUACAGCAAUGCGUGUCUAUAGUUGUAUAAGGGGAGUUGACUGUGUAAUCAAAACAUGUGCUGUCAACCAAUGACUAUCUGUGCAACCACGUCCUGUAAAUGGCUGAAACAACACAAAGGGAAAAAAAAUCUAUUCAACUUCAAUAGUUGUCUGAGACUUUAUGUUUUGGAUGUUGCAUGUUUUGUUGAUGGUUUGUCAGUAUAUUUUGCCUACAGAUUAUGUUUAAAAAGAGACAGAAUAUGUAUAGAUUUAUCUGUAUGCUGACUGUAAAGAAAUAUGCUUGUAAAAUUGUCUUGUUUUUCACUCAGUGUAAAAACAAAGAUUCUAAUGUUAUGGUUUUGUGGUUGUACACAGGAUGUGUUGAGAUAUUAUGCAAAUUGUGCUGUAAAAAAUCAGCUGUUUCCCCUGAGUCUAAAGAAUAAAUAUUAAGAAGAGCUAUAUUACACA